CCCAGCUAAAAUGUAUCCCUAUGUACGACAUUCAGAUGACACUUGGGAACCGUAUCCGACGAAAAAAUUUGAUCUUUGGUUAUGCCAAAAUUAUUGGCAUUCACUCGAUUGGGAACAACCACUUGAUUUAAACGACAACGCCGCACGGAAAAUACUCCAGUUAAUUAGUAAAUGUUCAUUUGUGUGUGCACAUCCAAAUGGACAUCCCGGUGAGGUGGAACAUCGUUAUUGUUCAAAAGAGGCAUGGCACACCGAUCAACAUACAUUCGAUUGUAAACAGCCUGCGGUCUCAAGAUUGGAUAUUGUUUUCGUUUGUGAUACAACCGGCUCAAUGGGCGGAUAUAUGAAUGAAGUCAAAACGAAUACAUGCCAACGCAUUAUGACUACAGCAAUGAAAGUUGUCAACGAUGUUCAGUUUCGUUUUGUAGCCUAUAGAGAUCAUCCGCCGCAAGAUUCAACAUACAUCAUCAAGACGAGCAGUGAUGCAGGCGAAUUCUGCAAUGCAGCCCAAUUGCAGGCUUUUGUGGCUACACUUGAUGCAAAUGGUGGAGGCGACGGCCCUGAGGUAUGA